AUGUCCACUUCAACAAGUGAAAGAUCUAUUUUGAAAGAUUGUGAGGUCGUUAUUAAAAAAGAAAUCGAAGACAAUAUUACUCGAAUUACGGUUGUACCUUUCGUGUGCCAUAUAUGCCAAAGAGCAUUUACGCAAUUGAUACAUCUCGAUGAACACCUCGAGUCGCACGAUAAUUCAGACAAUGACGAUUGUAAUUCUAAUCCUUUUAAUGAGGAAUCAGAUCCAACAAUUAUCAUGUCCUUUGAAUGCGAUGUUUGCUGUCAAGGAUUCGACAAUCAAGACGUCCUCAAUGAACAUUACAGAUCUCAUGAUACUUUGCUUAAUGGGCGUAAACCAUACUGCUGUGACAUGUGUGAAAAGAUAUUUCCUACCAAAUAUAAGUUAAAAAGACACUACCAACAACACUCUGGUAUCAAGCCUUAUAUAUGUAACUUUUGUGGGAAAGGAUUCCGUAAAAAAGAUUAUCUGCAGAUUCAUAAUCUGUUGCAUACUGGUGAGCAACCCUUUGAAUGCAAUGUCUGUCAGAAGAAAUUCCUUACGAGACUGAACUUACAACAACAUUUUACACUUCAUACUGGUGAAAAACCAUUUAAAUGUAGCAGUUGCGAUAAGUGCUUCAGAAAAAAGAACACGCUCAACCAACAUCAGAGGACUCACACAACCGUAAAACCGCAUCUGUGUGAUAUUUGUGGUAAAGGAUUUAAAACGAAAGGUGAUGUGACGCAACAUUAUUUAGUGCAUAAUGGUGAAAAAUGCCAUGUUUGUGAUGUUUGCAAUAAAGGUUUUAAAACUAAAGGUGAACUUAAAAAGCAUUCUGCAAAUCAUUCUGAUUUCAAGCAAUUUUAUGAGUGUGAUGCUUGUUUCAAGAAAUUUACUACUAAAGGUUAUCUUAAACAACAUUCACUAUUGCAUUUAGGAGAAAAACUUCAUACUUGUGAACAGUGUGAUAGAAAGUUCAUACUCAAGACGCAACUUAAAAAGCACUAUUUAACCCACAAUGGCAAUCGCCCUUUUACGUGCCGUAUUUGUCGAAAAUCCUUUAAAACGAAGGGUACACUUCAGCAGCACCAUUCUGUUCACAGUGAAAAUAAGCCUUUCUUGUGUGAUUUGUGCUAUAAAACAUUUAGUUUGAGAAAUCAAUUAAAGAGACACAUGGCAACUCAUGUGUCUGAUGAAUUCAGCUCUACAAUAUCAAUUGAAGAUCCUCCUCAAAAUAAUCCGGAUCGACACAGUAAUGAAGAGUCAAAUGAUUCAAUUGGGGAUUGGAUAGGCUACACAGUUGAAGUCGCAAGUGCAUGA